CAUGGCCGAACCGAGUCCACGAGGACUAUUUAAGGAGCGGCGGUGCGCCUUCAGCACCACUUCGCUGUCCACCGCGUCCCCGAGGAGAGCAGGCUGACAACAGCGAACUCACUACACCGCCGGCUUUCGACUUCCAACCGCACCGCGCAAAAACAAAGUCCGCAAACAUGCCGAGGUCUUUUCUCGUGGAUUCCUUGAUUUUAAGGGAGGCCAACGACAAAGGGAACGAGAACAACCCACCUUUAUUCCCGUACGCCGUGCACUCGCCGCACCACCCGCACGGGCUGCCGGGCUCCUGCCACUCCAGGAAAGCCGGGCUGCUGUGCUUCUGCCCGCUGUGCAUGACCGCGUCCCAGCUCCACCCGUCUCCACCGACGCUGCCGCUGCUCAAGGCGUCCUUCCCUCCCUUCAGCUCACAGUACUGUCACUCAGCCCUGUCGAGGCAACACUCUUCAUCCAACAGCGUCAACCUCAGCCACGGACCGGGGAUAUACCAAGCUGCGUACUCAGUCCCAGACCCACGGCAGUUCCACUGCAUCUCCAUCGAAAACAGCAAUGGCAAACUUCAGAGCAGUAAGCGCAUGCGCACCGCCUUCACAAGCACACAACUUUUGGAGCUGGAGCGCGAGUUCACCUCCAACAUGUACCUGUCCAGACUGAGGCGCAUCGAGAUCGCCACGUACCUGAACUUGUCCGAAAAACAGGUGAAAAUCUGGUUCCAGAACCGCAGGGUGAAGCACAAAAAGGAGGGCAAGAGCAGCGGCCAAAGGACUGGAUCACACAACUGCAAAUGCUCGUCCCUGUCAACGGCGAGGUGCUCGGAGGAAGAGGAGGAUGACAUUCCCAUAUCUCCAUCCUCGUCCGAAAAGGAGGAUGUGGACCUGUCCGUCUCCCCCUGAACUCCCCCCCUCCCUCUCCGGUCCUCACAAUUUUGAAAACAGCCAAAAAGUAAAAAAAAAAAAAAAAAAAAAAAAAGACUGUUCCGCUUGUGUUCAGACGUCUGUACAUAGACAGAGAAUAUUUAAUCAGGGAAUUGCCCUGAAUUAUUGUAUAGCUGUAUACAUGUUGUACGUUUUGUAUGUAGUUUUUUUCUGAAAACGGUCCAUUUUGUUGUUGCCAAUCCGAUGAAUAUGGUAGGCAUAUUUGUAAAGACAAACCCAAAUGAUAAAAAAAAACAAUAGCAACAUUGUUUACUAGUAUUUUGGGGAAGACAGUAUUUUGUAUACAUGGUGAAUACAUGGUUAGAUUCAUUCUAUGUGGAUGGAACUGUGACUUAAAAAUAUGGAAAGCUGGAGAGAAAUUCCCUCACUGUCACAUUUGCUGAGAUCACUCUGAAAUUAUAUCUUCAGUGUAAUUGAAAAAUAUUUAUUUAUUUAAAAAUGUUGAUACUUAAAUAAAAAAUAUUUCUG